AUGGCUUUGAUAGUUCCGCCGAUUUUCCUGCCGAUCUUUACGGAACUCAAACUGACUUCGAGCUUCAAAUACUUCGAACUGCGCUUCAAUCGCCGAGUGAGACUUCUUGCAAGUUUCAUCUUCCUCUUCACUGGGCUUCUCUUCUUGCCUGUGACUGUCUACGUUCCGGCCUUGACCUUCCAGAGAGUCACUGGCGUCGACACUUACGUCACCGUCGCGACGCUUUCGCUGCUGUGCGCUUCUUACACCGCGAUCGGCGGAUUCAAGGCCGUGCUCUGGACGGACGUCGUGCAACUCUUGCUCAUGAUCGCGUCGUGCGUCGUCGUGGCCGCGAUCGGGAUCCGAGCCGUCGGAGGAAUCGGAAACGUCUUCGCGGCCGCCGAACGCGGAGGAAGAAUUGUCAUUGCGAACAUGGACUUGAAUUCCAGAAGCUCCUUUACUGGAUAUCUUGUGUCCUUACCAUUGGUUGCCACUUAUCAAUUUGGACUCAAUCAGGCAAACUUGCAGAGAUUUCUCUCAUUACCAAGUCAAAGAAAGAUGAGAAUAUCAGCUUGGAUUCAAGCUUCCGUAUUUGGGUUUAUAAUGCUCGUCUGUCAAACGUUAGGCGUUAUAAUGUACGCUAACUACGAAACCUGCGAUCCGGUGAAAGCAGGAAUUAUAAGAAGUGUUGAUCAAAUUCUACCGCAUUUCAUCCAAGAAAAAGCGUCUCUGUUUCUGGGUUUCAACGGAAUCUUUAUUGCUGGCGUUUUUGCUGCAAGUUUGUCAACAACUUCUUCGUAUUUAAACGCCAUGAGCGGAAUUAUCUUUGAAGAUUUCAUCAUCAAUUGGCGUCCAGACAUCAAUCAAAAUAUCGCCAACAGAACGAUGAAGAUUAUUGUCAUGAUUCUGGGAAUUCUUCAGAUUUUCUUGGUAUUCUUUAUUGAGAAAAUGGGAAUGAUUGCGCAAAUGACACUUCAAUGUAUGACUCUGAAUGCUGCGGCUCUUCUUACUCUCUUCAUUCUUGGUGCGCUUUUUUCUAAAGCCAAUAGUUCGGGUGCACAAGCUGGAGCUUUGACUGCCAUUCUGAGUGUUCUGAUUCUGAUUAUUGGAAGCUUAAACAGCAAACCCGAACCAACUCUUCCUUUCCGAACCGACGGUUGCACUGAUUCUCUGAACUCAACGAUCACAAGUUUUCCUCAAUCUUCAAGUGAUCAAGAAGACAUUUUCUGGCUGUUCCGAAUCUCUUUCGUGUAUUACAAUUUAAUUGGACUAUUCAUAGGCAUCAGCGUUGGAUAUUUGACCAGCAUUUUAACCGGCGGAAACACAGUUGAAGAUCAGCGACUUUUGGCGCCUUUUCUGCGAAGAAAAGCUCCAACAGAAGAACAAAUCAGUCUCAAAUCGUAG